GUCAUUGUCAACAAUGAAUAUUGAAACAUUGGAAAAUCGUGUAUGUGAGUUAGAACGUUUAGUAUUUGGACCUAAUCAACAACAACCAGUGAAAAAAAAUUUAACAAUUGAAAAUGAAAAAAAUUUAGUUGAUCAACUCUAUGAAUUGUAUUCUGCCAUGUCAGUUGCUGAAAAACGUUCAGUCAGUAGUAAAUUACUAUCAAGAAUUAAUGAAAUUCAAAAAUAUACUGAUCCAAAUUUCAUGGAAGAUAAUACACUUUUAACUCAAUCUAAAAUUGAAAUUAUUUUAGCUCAAAAAGAUAGAAUCGAGAAAAUUGGCAAUGAUUUGGAAAAAAUUUCUAAACUACGCGAUUGUUUAAAUCAUCCAGCAUUUAGUGAAAUUAGUACAUUAAAAAAGAAAUUUGAAGAUCUACGCCUAGUACACAAUGAUCAAUAUGUUAUGUCUGAGAAAUUGAUCGGGGAUACACAAACUCUACUAGACACAUAUCAUAAUUUGAUACGUGACACAUCUAAAUUAUUUAUCUAUUGGAAUCAACGUAUUGGAACUACAUCAUCAACGGAAUUGUCCGAUGCAUGAUUGUCAUAUUGUCUCAUUCAAUUCACUUUGAUUUCCUAAUCUCUCUCUCUCUCUGAUAUACGUUUUUUGCCUGGUUGUUGGGGGACACAUACACUUGAGUAAUUUUUUUUUGAAGGAAUUAUUUCUAUUACUAAUGUAUCAUGCAAUCUGAUGAUGUGUAAUGUAUUUUCUAUGUGAACAAAGGUAACUUUUCAUUCUAAUUUAAUCUGUACAGAAAUGUCAAUAAAUAAUGGUUCCUUAUUUUCA